UUGGAGCGGGAGAGAAAACCUCGAAGCGGGGGCAGCUGCUCCGGAGCAAUUUGCAACCCGGCUGCUUUGGUUUCCCCGCUUCCACCUGAUGGGCAAACGCCUCCAUGGCUUUGAGCAAAGGGUUGAGGCUGCUGUGGAAGCAGGAGCCCACUCCCAGCACCCUACUGGAGGCGCGCGGCCGCCAGGCCUGCCUGCUGCUGGAAGCCGGCACGACAGCAACCCUCACAUUUGAAGAAAAAGAAGAAAUUAAAGGGCAAUAUGAGAAGCUAAUGGAUGCUUAUGGAUGCUUAGGCGAACUGCAGUUAAAAUCUGGCAACUCCACUCUGCGUUUCCUGGUUCUUGUGACAGGCUGUACAUCAGUGGGAAAAAUCCUCGAUACCGAAGUUUACAAGAUCACAGCAACUGAAUUUUGUGCUCUCCAAGAAGAAACUAAGGAAGAAGAUCGUGUUUCUGCCUUGAAGAAACUUCUGAAUUCUGGGGUCUUCUAUUUUUCUUGGCCAAAUUCAGGAUCAAACUUUGAUCUCACUAUCCGAGCCCAGAAGAAAGAUGAUGAUAGCUAUCAAACUGGAAAUUCAUUUUUCUGGAACCAGCUAUUGCAUGUCCCUUUUAAACACUAUCAGGUGAACUGUUCAGACUGGCUGCUAAAAGUGAUUUGUGGUGUGGUGGACAUUCGCACUCUUUACGCCUCUCACAAGAAGGCAAAAGCCUGCCUCAUCUCCCGGAUUAGUUGUGAGCGAGCUGGUGCCCGGUUUCACAUACGAGGAGUCAAUGAUGAUGGUCAUGUUUCUAACUUUGUUGAGACGGAGCAGGCUAUCUACUUGGACAUGGAUGUUUCUUCCUUUGUUCAGAUCAGAGGGUCAGUUCCAUUAUUCUGGGAGCAACCUGGAUUGCAGGUUGGUUCCCAUCAUUUGAAGAUUACCAGAGGCCUGGAAGCAAAUGCUCCUGCUUUUGAUAAGCAUAUGAUGCUUCUGAAGGAACAAUACGGCAAACAAGUGAUCGUUAAUUUGCUGAGAAGCAAAGGGGGAGAAGGAGUUCUGAGUAGAGCUUUCAAGAAAUUACUUUGGGCAUCAUCCCAUGCAGUAGACACUCCAAUGAUUAAUUUUGAUUACCAUCAUUUUGCAAAAGAUGGGAAACUGGAGAACUUGCUGGGGCCUCAGCUAAAGCUACACUGGGAAGAAUUGGGCAUCUUUACAAAGGGUGAAAAUGCAACUUCCCGUCAACAGAUAGGUACCAUUCGAAUGAAUUGCCUGGAUUGUCUAAAUCGAACUAAUACCGUCCAAACCUUCAUAGCACUUGAGAUUCUCCAAAGUCAACUAGAAAGCCUGGGAUUAAAUUCCAAAUCUAUAGUUGAACGUUUUUUGGAGUCUUACAAAGCAAUGUGGGCUUUCAAUGGGCAUAGUCUAAGCAAGAUUUUUACAGGCAGCCGUGCUUUGGAAGGAAAAGCUAAGGUUGGGAAAUUCAAAGAUGGUGCCCGGUCAGUGUCACUGACCAUUCAGUCAAACUUUUUUGACAGCAUGAAACAGGAAGCCAUUGACUUAUUUCUUAUGGGUGAUUUUUACAACGAAGAGUAUGCUGAUAAAGAGAGAAUGCUGCUGGAUCAUACCGCAUUAUUGAUGACACCAAGCACUUUGAACAUCAUGUCAGAGCGUCAAUUUGAAUUCACGAACUUCAAGAGAAUUCGUGUUGCCAUGGGGACCUGGAAUGUAAAUGGAGGCAAGCAAUUUAAGAGUAAUAUCCUUGGUACCAGCGAAUUAACAGAUUGGUUACUUGAUUCCCCUAAGCUCUGUGGGGUUUCAGAGUUUCAAGAUGAUCAUUGUCCCGUUGACAUAUUUGCUGUAGGAUUUGAAGAAAUGGUAGAAUUAAAUGCUGGCAAUAUUGUGAAUGCGAGCACAACCAAUAGGAAGACAUGGGGAGAACAGAUACAGAAGGCUCUUUCAAGGACACAUCGAUAUAUUCUGUUGACCUCGGCACAGCUUGUGGGUGUUUGCCUCUUCAUUUUUGUAAGACCUUUCCAUGUUCCCUAUAUAAGGGACAUAGCAAUGGACACAGUGAAGACUGGGAUGAGAGGAAAAGCUGGAAACAAAGGAGCAGUUGCUAUCCGUUUCCAAUUUCAUAGCUCCAGCUUAUGCUUUGUGUGUAGCCAUUUGACAGCUGGCCAGUCUCAGAUAAAAGAACGGAAUGAAGACUAUAAAGAGAUCACUCAGAAACUGAGUUUCCCAAUGGGAAGAAGUAUGUUUUCUCAUGACUAUGUUUUCUGGUGUGGUGAUUUCAACUAUCGCAUCGACUUGACUUAUGAAGAAGUAUUUUAUUUUCUCAAACGACAAGACUGGAAGACUCUCUUGGAAUCUGAUCAACUGCAGCAACAGAAAUCCAGUGGAAAGAUUUUUAAGGACUUUCAUGAAGGAACUAUCAAUUUUGGUCCCACAUAUAAAUAUGAUGUUGGCUCUGAGGCUUAUGAUACAAGCGAUAAAUGUAGAACUCCAGCGUGGACUGACAGAGUUCUUUGGUGGAGGAAGAAACUUCCAAUUGAUAAAACAGCUGGACAAGUCAGUCUUCUUGAUAGUGAUCUCAGUGCUGAAACCAAAGUCGGACCCAUUUGGUCUCCUGGUGCCCUGAUGUAUUAUGGAAGAGCUGAGCUCCAGGCCAGUGACCACAGGCCUGUUUUAGCUAUUGUGGAAGUGGAAAUCCAAGAGGUUGAUGUGUCUGCUAGGGAUAAUGUUUUCCAUGAAGUAUCAUCGUUUCAGGGGCCUCUAGAUGCUACAGUGGUGGUGUCUCUAUUGUACUGUUCCCCUGAAGAGAAAGAUGAAUUUCCUGAGGAUUGUCAGAUGGAGCUUAUGCAGAUCUUUGAGACUUACGGCACUGUUGUGCUUGUCAGGAUCAAUGGAGGUCAAAUGUUGAUUACGUUUUCAGAAAGCAGAUCUGCUCUUCACGUUCUUGAUGUGGAUGGCAUCAAGAUUAAAGGCAGGAUUGUGAAGAUUUGUCCUAAAACCAAAGAUUGGCUGAAAGGUCUUCAAGAGGAAAUUGCUAGGAAACGCGACAGUAUCGCUCCUAUGUCACCCACAGCAAAUUCCUGUCUGCUGGAGGAAAAUUUUGAUUUUUCAAGCUUAGAUUAUGAAUCAGAAGGUGAUAUCUUAGAUGAGGAAGAUGAUUAUUUGGAUGAAACGUUGUGUGCCGGAUCCUUUGAAACAGAAACCGUAUCAACAACGGAAGAGUCGGGAGAUGGAUCAGAAUAUGUCAGCAUGGCAUCUACCAUACAAGCAAACAAGUCACAUCUUGCUGGAAGAAAACCAUGUCGGUAUAAAGAUGAUGCUGACUUGGUUGAACUAAAACAAGAGUUUGAAGGAAGUGCGAAGUUCUGUCAUCGCUCCCCAACCAGGUCUCUGUCCGUGCCCGGUAGGCCUCGGCAGCCUCAGCCCCCCCAGCGACCUCCCCCACCAGCUUCAGUGCCCAUGAAAAAAUCCCCAUCAGAUGGUUCCAUCUCUUCAGGAAGCUGCUCCCUGUCCUCCAUCUUGGAUACAGCAAAGCUUCUUCCAGGAGCACCACAGCACCCUCCAAAAUCACGAACUGGAAUUAGUAAGCCAUACAACGUAAAACAGAUCAAAACCACCACCCCAGAAGAAGCUGAGGAAGCCAUUCGGUGUCUGAUGCAAGCAAAAGGAGUAACACCCCAGGAAUCCUUGGCUUCCAUUCCAGCAAGAACUCAGACUGUGACUAAACCUGAAUUCAUUCCCGGUGGCCCAAACUCAGCACCUCUUCACAGCCUCCAGCCAGCCCCAGUCCUCAUACCUCAGCGCCCCCCACCUAAAGUCCCAACUACCAAAAAACCUGCACCUUUGCAGAAAAUGGGAGCCAAGCCAGGAUGUCCUCCUUCUCCAGAAGAGCACCUUGAGCAAACCGUGAGUCACUUCUCCUCUGCAUCUCCAGAAACGUGUCUGGAAACCACAACUAUUACUGGUUCUCUUAAGACUGUCCCCAUUCCUAAGCCAAGGACCAUGCAUCCUGGCAAAAUUACUGAGAGGAGCAACAGCAGCAGCAAUGAAAGGCAACCAACUCCCUUGUCUCUUUUAGAGGAAAGUUCUCAUAUUCCUUCUCUGAACUUGACUCAGGCUCCAAGAGUUCCCCCAAGAAGAAAGAAGUCUGCUCCUCCCGAUUUUCACCUGCAAGUACUCCAGAACAGCAAUAACCUGUUUCUAAAAGGGCUGACAUUCAAUUCCAACAAUAACGUUCCAACACCAUAUUUUUCCACAGUGGAUUCUGACGCGCUGCCAUCUUCUCAGAGUGAACCCUCUCUUCUUGCUUCAACAGUGGUGAUCAGCUCAAAAGACAAUGAUGCUAAGCUCUUGAGGCAGACUGGUUUAGAAUUGAUUGGUGGCCUACAGGAAACUUCUCCAUUGAGGAUUCGGCAACAAGAGCAAGCUUCAGACAAUCCUUGUCCAAUGGAAAAUACCAAUUUGCUAGACUUGGAAGUAGACUUUGCUGCUUGCCAGCCAGUGAUCCAGCCGUUACCACCCAAUCCACCUCCUGCUUCACAAAAUUUGAAACACUCCUGUCCAAGGGAUUUCAGCCACUGGGUCACAUUUGGAGAAGAUGGCAACAGUAGUACUAUAUCUCAGGGUUAAGCUCUGACCUCAGUUUAAAACUAUGAACUCAUUUUUGUACGUUUUUUUCCUAGAAAAACACUUUAUGAACUUUAUGAUAGAAGGAAGUUCAGCAAAUUAUGUACGGCAAUGGUCCCCAAUCUUUGGGCUUGGCAGUCCGGGAGGGGGGAGCUCUGCAAGUAGUGGCCUGCUACCACUUGUGCAAGUGGAGCUGUGUGCAUGCAUGCGUGCUGGUGCACCACGCACUAGUGGAGCUGCGCAUUCGUGCCAGCCCACCUCUCGUGCGCCCAGUUCCAAGUAGGCUACAGGCCAGUAGUGGGCCGCAGCCCAGGGGUUGGGGACCCCUAUGUAUGGUAUAGCAUUCGUCUCUUCUCACGCCUUGGUGAUUUCUGGUUCAAGUUUAAUAGUAAAUUCAAUAACAAGUAUUUAUUUAUCGUAUGCAUGUGUGCGAAAAUGAGGCCUGCUUCAAAUACUCUUUACUUGCACUUCGCUCAUUUCUGAAUCCCAUCCCACAAGUGGUUGCUUGCCCUGUAGUUUUCUACUGUAAAAAGCUGAGUUAAUUCUGCUUUAUAUACUAAGAGGUACUCUGUCAUUCUUGAGCCAACUGCAUGCUUAGAACCCUAGUUCACAACCAUAAAUUAUUUUUUAUCCUUGUUAUCAAUGUAUGCAAAGUAGGAACGAAUUUGAAUUUCAAAAAGUUGGGAAGAGAAAAAAAUGAUAGUCUGAUUCUGUCUAAUAAUAGCUGUCAUUAAUAAUAUAGAGGAAAAUCCAAGGUGGUUUUAGAAGUGGCAUGGUAAGCUUGGGGGCUAGUAGUAUCCAAAAUAGCCAUUCAAGUUCAAGCUGUGAUGGAAAACCUUCUUUAGGAUUUUAGAAACAUGCCUGUAUGAAGACAUGGAAAUAUAUACAGUAUUUUGAGCAAUGUGGUUGUAGAUCUAGCCUGUUUUGAAUCGGAGCCUGAAGGGGUGAAGGCAAGAGAUGUAUUCCCUUAUAGAUCACCUCAUAGCAGAAAUCAUUGUUAAUUUUCUGUUAUAUACCUAGAUCUGGGUCUGUCUGGAUUAAUAUAAGAACAUAUUACCUAUGGAAGAAACUACCCAUAUAUGAUAUAGGUAGGAAAUAACACAGGUACACAUAUGAGUGGCUUCUAUUCUCAUUUUAAAUCUCAAGUAUUCUUCGGCUAAUAAAAUGUCCGGUGGGUUAUGGGGGGAAAACACUAAUUAGUAUGGACACUGAAAGGCUAAUAUUUUUGUGCACAAUUACCGGUAUUUUACAUCGUAAAAAAUACAGUGAUCUAGCUUUACAAUUCAGGCAAGAAAUUAAAAUCUAGGAUCUAGAAUUUAAUAAAGAAUUAUGUUGCUUUAGAACAGGGGUCAAAUUUGCGGGCCGCAGGCCAGAU